AUGCACGGUCAAGACGAUGGUUACGGACACGGUGGGGAUGAAGGGCAGGACUACGACGACUACCAAGACCAGCAGGGUGAUGAGGACGGUCAGGGCAUGGGCGGGCAUAUGGGCCAAGGAGGAGAAGACGGCGACAUCGCAUCAUUGACUGGGCUGAUCGUCAAACUGCUCAUGGAUCCGCAGCCGGGCCCGUCGCACGUCCCCAAGCCGCAGCAUGCACACUCGAGAUUUGCCCAAGAUCCCCAUCAUGCCGAAUCAAUGCAGCUUCUCGACAAGAUUGCUUCGGAACCUAUCCAUGAAGCCCACUUGGAAAGCAUGGUCCAUGUUGGGCUUUUGUUGCUCGCUCGCAUGGCCAAGAAAGUCGGUAUGACAGCGGGCCAUGAGGCACCAAGCCAGGGCAUGGGCCAGGACGGGGGUCACGAUCAAGGCCAAGGUCUCGGCGGGCACCAGGGCCACGACGAGGACCAAGGCGACGAGGAAGACGAAGGCCAUGACGAAGACCAGGGCCACGGCGGUGACGAAGACGAGGACGAACAUGGAGGUUGCUAA